AUGCCCCACCAGGCGCGCGGGGAGUCGCGGUCGCGUCGCAGCCCGAGCGUCACCCGGCGCGCCCGUUCCCGUUCCCGCAUCCCCAGCACCCAUUUAUCGCUGCCCACCUUCGCCCUAUUCCGCGCCUUCACCGAAGCCCUCUCGCACUUCGUCGCCGCCUCGGUCGUCCACGCGCAUCCCGCAAUCCCACCCGCCUUCCUCGCCUUCCCGGCCUUUCUGCUCGCCGCAACAGUGCUCGCACCGCUCUCCACACGUUCCAUAGCCAGGAAAAUGCUCAGGUCAGUCACGCUUCCGGCAUUCCUCAGUGUUGUGCAUCUCCUGCUUUUGCUAGAGGCUGUUAAAAGGCUUGGGCCGGCGCGCACUCUGCUCGCGACAACCGCCGCUCCCCAUAUUACAAACUUGGUUAGGCGCAAGAGGACGAAGACGACUGCAAUUAUCGUGAUAGCUGCGAUCAUGACUCUCGGCUUGGUCUUUCAUGAUACCAUUGGCGGCGGAGCUAGAGUUCGGGAGAGGGUGUUGAAGUCCCGCGCAGGGCACGCUGUCACGACCAAGCUUCAGAGGAUAUCUCAGUCUAUGGGGCAAACGGUUCGCAGUAAUGAACAGCUGAACAAACUUCGCGCGCGUUACGGGAAACCACCAAAUGAGUUGGAGCAGGGACAAAUCCCUUUGCGACACAGUGGACCCAGCGGCGAUACGAAAAAUCGAAAUGAGGUUAUCAGUAGACGCCGCUUGUUGGCCGUUCCAACGAAAGCUAAACAAAAACCUGCUCCGCGAGACGCUAAUGUCGACAAUUCAUAUUCUGAAAAUCCAAACGUUGUUGGUGAUAAGAAGAGUUCUUCGGCUAGGACUGCCUCGCAGGAGCACGCGCAGGAGGUGAAUGAAAAGGAAACUGUGUUUACUGACGUGAAGCGGAACAGCGAGGAACACGGCAGAGCCCGCAAUAUAACCAAAACUCUCAAGAAUGAGAUGGUAACUGACGGCGAUGCGAUUGUUGACACAGGAGCGAGUCCCGGGCAAUCAUUGAGGGUCUUCUUCGGAGUGUUGUUUGUAGUUUUCUCCUCACUUGCUAGUUCCAUCGGCAACAGCAGUCGACAGAAUCUCGCCCAUGAUGCUGGCGACGACUAUGCGGUGUCUUGCGUAACAUUCUUCAUGUCAGCCUUUAUGAUCUUCCCUUUUGUCCUCUUCUACUGGAUUACAGGUAGAGGGACAGAUGGUGUGUACACUCGUAUGCUUUUCAGCCAAGUUGUUCCGUCUGGUGCUCUUCUUGGGUUCUGUCUAUUGGCAUACCCUGAUUUGUCGUACACACAUUUCGGGACCCAAGGAGGCACUCGUAGAAGUCAGCCUCAUCAGAGAACGCCAUCGAAAGGCAACACAAGCAUGAAUAGCUUUGGGAGCGGCUUGUUCCCACUCCCGGAGAUGGGCGCGUUUACCAGAGCCGCGAUUUAUCCAUACAUGUGCCUUUCAAUCGUCCUACUGAGAAUACUCAGCACUACAGUCUUUGGGUUUCAGGAGCCUCUUUCCUUUUCCUCUGUUCUCGCGGCUUUCAUGCUGUGCUGCAUUUCUGUCUUGGACUCGGGCCAAAGUCGCAGUGAUAACCGUCAAGAGCCGAGCUUUCGGGAGCGGUCCAGAUCCUUCAACAGUGGAGAUAUUUCGUCUGUUGUCGGACGUGGCACAGCACGCCAACUUCGAUACAUAUGGAAAAUAUUAUCCUCUUCUGCGUUGGUAUCGGUCCACAGCAUGAGAGACAUCAUUCGGCAUGCCAGGUUGAAUAAGGCCUCAUGGCAGGUCCUAAAUUUUCUCGUCUUGCAGUCGGGAAUGGCUACGGUAGAGUUGAUAUACGCGACGAUGACUCACGCAAGCGGUCUGAUAUCGAUAUCCGCCGACAAUUUCUUUUGUUGCAUUUCUCUCGCAAUCGGAUUACAGGCGAUCCGAGUCACAUCAAGAAAACCUACAUAUGCAUAUACGUACGGGUUCUCCCGAUUUGAAAGUGUUUGCGGUUUUGCAAAUGGGGUCAUGUUGAUAUAUGUUGCCGUCCUUAUUGUACUUGAAGCAUUUGAGCGGCUCAAAGACACCAACAACGUCGCCGCUGGGCAUACUUUUACUGUUUGUCUAUUCGGGAUGACUGGGAAUAUUCUAGGAUUAUACUUCUUUCCCCCAGAAAGCCGAAGAGAAAAUCACAACGUUCAAGGGAUAUAUUUGCAUAUUUGGGCAAAUACCCUUGCUUUUGCGAGCAUGGCAGUCAGCACUGCUAUUGCCGCUGCAGUACCUGCUUGGGAAAUGAUAGACAUGGUGUCAGCAACUCUGGUAGGUAUUGGGAUUGUCGUGCUUGCAAUUCCGUUGCUGUUAAGGAGUGGACGAUUGCUUCUUUUGCUUGUGCCACGAGAGAAACAGAAGUCCUUGAGGAUACUCCGUGACCGAUUGGAUAAUAUCGACGGUGUCAUUAAGAUUUCUGGGCUAAGGGUGUGGAAUUUGAGUCCAAAUAGCCUCGUUGCGAGUGUUCGUAUCAAGGCUGCAAACUAUUACGAUGGUCCAGACAUAGAUAUUUUGUACAAAGCUCGAUCUGUGUUUGCCUCCAUCGGAGUUCCUGCGUCCCAGUGUACGAUUCAAAUAUCGCGGAUAGAGGCGGAAAACAAAGCAGUUGUCUUUUUUCACAAACGCUCGCAAUCUGGAUUCGGUGACACCGGUAUUGACCUAGAAGCUUUGUAGAUGUGUACUGAAUUAGCAGCAUAACUCGUAACGUUCGAGGGAAGAAAUCAAACCAUCCUAACUGUGUAAGAUACAAUGUCAGUACUGAAUAACUAACCGUAAACUUUUGCCCGCAAGA